ACGACGACGACAACAACAAAACAGAGAGCAGCACUAACACUGUGGAAGGGUGUUAGCCUGUUCAGUUAGCUUGGGGCUGAGAAUAACGCUAAUGAGACACACAGAAUUGACAUUUGGGAGGAUAAGAAGCAUUGUUAUUGUUAGUAGUGUUUAGAGUAAUGUUUUAUGAGAUAGGUUUUUAAGGAGUACGCGUCAGAUUUGAAGUGGCACGGCUUUCUGCCUUCAUGAAGAGCAAAGCCCGUGUGUAUUCACUGCUCGGGUAUUAUCGAUAGCCUGUUAGCCCGGCAGCUAAUCCAGCUAGCAUAACAUUCUCUAUGUGCAGCUAGCAUUAGCCAGGGAGUGUUAGCCUCGGAGCACGCGAGCUUUUUUGCUGCUGCUCGUCUCAACGCGAAGGAUGGACAUCGACAAUUAACAGGGUGUUUUAGCCAUCCUGAAGACUGAAAACAUAAACCUACAGCUUUGAUCUCUGACUGGUGAGCAUCACAGACUAGAUGAAGCAGCCAGGCCACGGGGAAGCUGAGUGGAGAAUUCAAUAUGAAGUUGUACGUGUUCCAGGUCAAUAACGGGAGCAUGUUGACCUUCGACACCGAGCUAGCGGUGCAAACUGUUCUGGACCUUAAACAUGCAAUCCAGGCUAAGUACAAGAUCGCUGCUCAGCAUCAGGUGCUGGUGGUUAAUGGAGGCGAGUGUAUGGUGGCCGAGAGGAGAGUGUGUAGCUACAGUGCAGGCACGGAUACGAACCCCAUCUUCUUGUUCAACAAAGAGAUGAUCUUGUGUGACCGUGCGCCGACGAUCCCCAAGACCACCUUCACCGUGGAGAAUGAGAUGGAGAUGAAGGUGGAGGAGUCGCUCAUGAUGCCGGCCGUGUUUCACACCGUGGCCUCGCGGACGCAGCUCGCCGUGGAAAUGUUUGAAGUCGCCAAGAAGCUGUGCUCCUUCUGUGAACGCCUGGUCCAUGAUGAACACCUUCAGCACCAGGGCUGGGCGGCCAUCAUGGCCAAUCUGGACGACUGCACCACAUCCUAUCAGAAGCUGCUCUCGAAGUUCGACAUCGCCUACACUAAUUACCAACAGGAUUUCGAAGACAUCAAACUGAAGCUGACAAAGCUCGGUACGGCCGUAUCGGUCAUGGCGAAAAUCCCUCUGCUGGAGUGUCUGACCCGCCACAGCUACCGAGAAAGCCUGGAGAAAUCCUGCUCCCCACAUCCCAAACCCGACGGCGAAGAAGGAGCGUCCUCCCAGUCGGCCAUCUCGGGCCUUGCGGAGGCCCAGCAGGACCAGAAAUCUCCCGCUUCAGGGGAAUCCGCAUCUCCGGGCAGAGCGGGAAGCAGCAGCGCCAGUGGCCUGCAGGAGGCGCUGGAGGAAGAAAAGGAGCAGGAGGAGACGGAAAAAACGGACGUUCCAUCGUUUAACGUCACGCUGCUGGACUGGAUCAAUGUACAGGACCGUCCCAAUGAUGUUGAGGCUGUAGUGAGGAAGUGCUUCGACUCCAUCAACAGACUCGAUCCGCGGAUUAUUCAGCCGUUCCUCCUCGAGUGCCGGGACACUAUUACCAAACUGGAUAAUCAAAACAUGAAGGCCAUAAAGGGGCUGGAAGACAGAUUGUAUGCACUCGACCAAAUGAUUGCCAGCUGCAAAAAGCUAGUGAACGAACAGAAGGAGCUCGCUCAGGGAUUUUUAGCCAAUCAGAUGAGGGCUGAAAACCUGAAGGAUAACUCAGUGCUGCCUGACCUGUGUCUGAGUCACGCCAAUCAGCUGAUGAUCAUGCUGACCAACCACAGGAAGCUGUUGGACAUUAAGCAGAAGUGUACGACUGCCAAACAGGAACUGGCCAACAACCUGCAAGUCCGUCUCAAAUGGUGCUGCUACGUGAUGCUGCAUGCGGAUCAGAACGGCGAGAAGCUACAAGCACUGCUGCGCCUCCUGACUGAGCUGCUGGAGAGAGUGCGUGUGGUGGAGGCCCUCAGUACCGUCCCGCAGAUGUACUGCCUGGCCGUGGUGGAGGUGGUGCGUCGGAAAAUGUUCGUUAAACACUACAGAGAGUGGGCCAGUGCGCUGGUGAAAGAUGGGAAAAACCUCUACGAGGCAGAGAAAGCCAAAAGGGAGACUUUUGGCAAGCUGUUCAGAAAGUCGUUCCUCAGAAAUCGAUUGUUCCGUGGACUCGACUCGUGGCCUCCUUCGUCAUUUUGUACAAGAAAGCCUCGCAAGUUUGACUUUGAGCUUCCGGACAUUUCCCUGAACGACCUGCAGUAUCUGAAGAGCUGCUGUCCUGCUGAAGUGCAGCCUUUUCUCAGGGUUCCAUCACUAUGUGAUUUUGAGCCGUUAAACCACCACACAGAAGCUCUUCAUCAGCUGGUACAAGCAGCUCGCAGUGUAGAUGAGAUGUCUCAAACCAUCACAGACUUACUGAGUGAACUGAAGGUUUCUGGGAGCCAGAGUGCACAGAGACCCAGUUUGGAAAGCAGAACAGAGACCAUUCCCACCUCCUCUAAAACCCUGCUCGCCCUCAGCAUACAGUCUCCACCCACUCAUCCUCUCUCCCUUCCAGCUCCGUUAGAAGAUCUGUCCCCUGACAGUAUAGAUGCCCAUACGUUUGACUUUGAAACCAUCGGACAUCCCAACAUGGAUCCCGUGCUCCAGCAGGGUUCUCUGGACCUGGACUCUUUAGCCGAGAGCCCGGAGUCGGACUUCAUGUCAGCGGUCAAUGAGUUUGUCAUCGAAGGGAACGUAACAUCACCCAAUCCCAUCAGUGACCCGACGAGUCCCGAGAUGAUGGUCGAGUCCCUUUACUCCUCGGUCAUCAAUGCUAUAGACAGCAAAAGGAUCCAGGACACGACCAUGCUUGAGAGAGAGAACUCCAAAAUCAUGACCCUCAAGCUGACCAUAGACAAGUACCGUUCAGCUGCCGAGGAGUCGCAAAGCAACAUGAGGAAAGUUAAGGAUGACCUCUGUCAUUUCCAGGGACUUGUUAUGAAAGAGCAGCGGGACUUUGCCUUUGCCUUGAAGAAGAUGAGUGUGGAAAUCCACAGCAUAAUCAACAACGUUAGACGCUGUCAGGAAGAGGAACUCAGAGAGGCACACGAGAACGAACUCCGAAAGCUGAAAGACGAUCACGAAAAGCACAUCCUCCGGCUCAGUGACGAGCUGGAAGGGAACCACAAGAUCGUCCGGGAUGUCCAGAGGGCCAUGCUCGAGCUCGAAGGGCUUGUGGAGAGGAAAGAGAAAGAGCUGGCUCAGAUGGAAGGCGAGAGGGAGCGCUUGCUGCAGGAGGUACGCAGCAGCCACCAGCAGGCCAUCCAGGAGUUGGAGAGGAACCUUUCUGAGCACAGCAAGGCACUCCAAGACACCCUGCAUUCCAGAGACGCUCUUGCCAACCAACUGGAAUGCCUGCAAGUCGAGAUCGAGCAGAAGAUACGCAGAGAAAUGGAGCGCGCAGAGAAGAACCGUCUGCAAGACUUGGAAGCUCAUUUGAAAACGGAGCACCAAGCUCAAAUGGAGAUCCUUAAACGCGACAGUCAGAGUGCUCUAGACGCCCUAAACCUCGAGAACCAAGCCAGACUGAAGGAACUCGCAGAAGCACACUUGACUGAGCGCAAGGAGCACGAGUGCCGCUUUAAGGACUACGAGGCACGCAUCAGCGAGCUGGCCGACGCCCGGUGCAAACUCGAAGUGGAAAUGGCACUUAAAGAGACUGAAAUGGAUGAUCUGCGCUUGCAAUACGAGGAAGCCAAGAACCAGCAGGAGGAGUCACUAAAGGCUGAGAUGAAGUCACGGACAAAGGCUCUCCAGGAGCAAGUCGAGGUGCUGACGAAGCAGCUACAGAAGAAGAAUGAGGAGCACGAGCAAGGCCUGGCCGAGCUGCGUGCUCUGAUGCGUCUGGAGAAGGACCACUGCAUCUCCGAGCUGGUGGAGCGGCACGAUGAGGAGAGCACGCUGCUGCGUCAGGAGUUCUCAGCACUCAAACAGAAGUCUCAGGACGCUGAGAAGGACUGCGAGGAACGCCUGCAGGAGAUCCAGCACCAGCUGGAGGACCAGCUCAAAACCUUACACAAGGAACGAGAGGAGGAGCAGAGGGCUUUCGGGGAUAAAGAGCGCGACUUGCAAACCGCCAUCAGCGACCUGCAGGCCGUGAACAGCCUCCUGUCAGGGCAGCUGGAGCAGGAGCGUCAGGAGACACUGAGAGCCGUGGAGGAGGAGAAGGGCGCCUUACUGCAGAAGGAGGAGCUGGAAGCAAGGCUAUUAGGGAAAAUUAAACUACUUGAAACUCAACUUGAGGAAAGACAAUCCACUGACAAAGGAGCUGAGGCUGGAGAAAGCGAAGUCGGGGACAUCUCAUUGCAGCAGAGGUUGGACGAAGAAAAAGCGUCUCUCCUGGGCAAGCUGGAGCUGCUGGAGAAGAAGAAGAACGAGGAACUGCAGAACCUGAAGACCUCGCUGAUUGCUGAGCAGCAGACUAAUUUCAACACUGUACUGAUGCGGGAGAAAUUAAAGAAGGAGCAGAUCAUCAGUGAGCUGAGUGAGAAGCUGAAGAAGGUGACGCUACAGCAGGAGAAGGAUAAGAGCCUGAUCGAGUCUCUCUCUGAGGACCGCGCCACCAUCCUGCAGGAGAAGAAACACCUAGAGGAGGAGCUCAACCGCCUCCGGAGCGCCGCCCUCGUCUCCUCCGCUUUCUUUGUGCCCAAUCCCAUUGCUGUUGCCGUGGAGACGCUUGGAGCGUGUGGGCCCAUUCCCACAGAAAUCCCCGUUCUACCUGCACUAGAUCCGGAGAGGUUGGGGGCUGUGGCUGCGCUGCGAGACGACGAUAGAGUGGACUCUGCUGUUGAAGCAAGCAUGAUGACCGUCCAUGAUAACGCAUUGAUGCUGUCAGAGGAGAAGCAAAGGAUACUGAUGCUGGAAAGGACGCUGCACAUGAAAGAAGAGGAGAACAAGAGGCUCAGCCAAAGACUGAUGUCCCAGAGCAUGUCGUCCGUGUCCUCAAGGCAUUCGGAGAAAAUCGCUAUUCGAGAUUUUCAGGUUGGCGAUCUGGUCCUCAUAAUCCUUGACGAGCGGCACGAUAAUUACGUUCUGUUCACCGUCGGCCCCACUCUCUACUUCCUGCACUCGGAAUCUCUGGCUGCGCUGGACCUCAAGCCUGCAGCUGGAGCUACGAGGCGACCCUGGGUCCUGGGGAAAGUCAUGGAGAAGGAAUAUUGUCAGGCAAAAAAGGCCCAAAAUCGCUUCAAAGUUCCUCUGGGCACCAAAUUCUACCGAGUUAAAGCCGUGCCAUGGAAUAAGAAGGUGUAAAAUUGUAAAGACAAAAAACAACAACAACAAAAACAAGCAAAAAGAAAACAAGCUAGAAUGUUUAUAUCGCUUUUUUUCCUUUUUCUUCGUUUUUUUCACUCAGAAAUCUCAGAAUUAUCACUCUUUCUUUUAUUUAAUUUUCUGUGGCAACCCGUUUUAUUAUAAUUAUUAUUAAUUGUUUUUUUUUUUUUGUUCGUUUGUUUUUUUACACCUCUGUUUAUUCAGAGGUUUGUAAAUGUGGACCAAAAUAUUAUGACUUGAAUAGAGCAAGUCUGUAAAAAUGAACAAAAAAAUAAUAAUAAUCUAUUCGGAGGGAUAUAUAUAUAUAUAUAUAUUAUUUCAUUAUAAUUAUUAAUAUUCUUAUUAAUAUUAUUUUGUUCACUCGUGGAAAGAGAACAUUAUGAAAAGACUGCGUCAUUAUCACUAUGAAAUAACACGCAAGGUUUUAAAACUACACAUUUAUUGUAAAUGUUUAUGAGCGAAUGUUCACGGCAUGCACUCAUACUUAUAUUUUCUUUAACUCUGGAUGUGUCGUAAUUGGGUAUGUAGGUUUAAAAAAAUAAAACCCGUCACACGGCGACGCAGUAAAAACCCCUUUUAAGCUUUUCUGCGAUCUUUUAAAUCAAAAAAAAAGAAAAAAAAAUGAAAUAAUGCACUUUGGGAGACGCGUCGAUCCAAAAGGGAAGCAGUUGUGCUGGCGGGAGAACGAGCGCAAAAACGGAAAUAAUUAGCAGCACAUAUCUUCCCACUGUUAGAGAACGUCAACGUGUAGAAACGAAAUACUUCCUGUCCGUUGAUGUGUGUUCUUGGAUUCGAAAUCAUGGCAUUGUAUAUUAUUCAUCGAAUUGCACAAGUUAAGAAAAAUAAAAAAAAAUAAAAAUAAAUAAUGACUGUAUUGUAAAAGAGUUUUCAAACAAUAAAGGUUUGAUCCCACUUA